AUGAAUGAUCAAGCUAUGAAUUCUUCAACUGUGCCAGGGGGCGAUCUCGUCGUAAAACCCGCCUCCCUGGUGACCAAGCCCGCUUCUUUAACCACAUCAACAGGCACCCCCGAAGUGGACAAGAAGAGGUCAUCGGGAGCUAUCAAUGACAAAGAUGUUGGGAUAACUGCAAAGAAGCCAAGGACGUCUGCUUGCGAUGUCUCCAGCAAAUCAAAUAAUCUAGAAGACUUUUAUUCCCCUGAGGCAAAGGAACUCCGUGUAUUAAUUGAGCAACACCAGAAUAUCCUUGCUAGAGAAAACACUCUGCUCGAGAAGCUCAAAGUCCCUCCAACGAGUAACAUCUCAACGCCAAGCCUUGUUCUCCCACCCGGAAUAGCAGCAAAGUACAUCUCAAUAGGACUCAAGGAUAUACAAGAGGCGCUAAGGGAGCAGCCAAUCAAUGAGGAGCUAACCAUAACUAAAAUCGAGUCCGUGAUAAGUAUGCGGAAGAUCCCGUAUGCGAACGAGAUCCCGCCAGACCUUGAGAUUCUGAUUCGACACCUUGAAGCGGUGGUGGCUCGUCUGGGCGAAAAAGGUGGUCUUGCCACUUCCCACACAUCGGCACCCGCGCCGACGCAAGUGUCAUCUCUGUUGGAGAAACUCGAUGCAGCUCAUGCGGGGAUCACUCAAGGACUUUGUUGCCUCGAGAAGGAAGGACCGCACCUAGAGGGGCGCCUUGCCAACCUCGCCUCCAUCUGCAACAAACAAAAGAAGUUGGCCAAAGAACAUUGGAUGCUUGCCGGCAAACAUCAGCAGCUUGCCGAGGAGUACAAGGCCCUCUGCGAGAAGGAAACCGAGAUGGCGGCACUGGCUGAAAAGCGCACGUGCGUCCUAGCUGACAUGAUGACUUCUAGCUCCCGCCAUCUUGAAGCUCAUGAGGAUGCAGUCCGGAGUUCGUCACAGGUGGCCGAGUCAUACACAAGACGUCGUGCGGAGGCGGCUGCCUUCCUGGCCGCCGGCAGAACGCUUCCAGAGAUCGCGACGAUCCUAGCAUAUAAAGCUCCUGAGUGA